UUCGUUCGGAUCGGCGCGUGUUUCGUUCUGCAGCGGAAAUCUGCGAUCGGUUUCGUCAGAAUUUCUGAGGAACUCCUGGUGCUUGGAUAUCGAAACCGUUGCUUGUUUUUGGUUUUCUCGAAAUGAAGUAGAUCGAUUCUCUCCCGACACCAUGAGAAGAUCUUCUAUUCUGCGGACCCAAACCUCAGAACCUCUAAUAGUAGUUGAAGAUGAAGAACAUGAAGAAGAAAAAAAUGAAAGCGCCUCCAGACAAAGUUCAGAAGAUGAGUCUACGUCUAUGAACCCCUACCUCCUUUCUCCAUACGCUCGCGAAAUACGGAAACAUUCACUCCCCACCCCACAAUGCAGCGGCAUAACGGCCAGCCAGGUGAGGCGUCUUUCUGAAAGGGCUGAAACUGCCGGACCAGGUCCGAGACAAGCAGAGUUCCUCGCUACCCUUUCCUCUGCUCCUCAAGCUUCUCCUAGCGGACGAAGGCACUCCGUUGUCACCAUCUCCAGAGUUCCUCCAGCCUUCUUCGGAAGGAACAGAAGGGAGUCCGUCGCUGCGUUUGCUUCCUCGGCUUUCCCGAAUCGAAUACUCCCCAACAGAAGGGAAUCAAUAGCUUGCCCGCCAUCUACCGAACCCAGAGGCAGCGUCCAUAACCUUCAGUUGGAUAUCAUGGACGACAUCGUGCAAGCACGGAAGGUGCGCAUGAAGAUGUGGAACACCAGCAGCGAGAAGGUGUGCGAGGUUCAACCCCUGGACGAAACCGGCAGCGUACAGCGCUACACCAACUCAGGGCGUCGUUUUUCCGACUUCGUCGGGACCACCCUAGCUCCGAUUCCCAGUAUGAGCAAGCGAAGAGCGUCUGAGCUACCCCCACCCACUCCCAGCACUUCAUCUGGGACAAGUAAGAAACAAUCCACAGGCAUAGUUUGCUCUAAUACUGACCUUAUUUCUAUUCUGUCUUCCCUUUCUACUUCUGCCACUGAAAUCAACCGUUGCCAGGAGGAUCAGCCCUUGGAGAAGGGGAUGAAGAAUAAUGUACCGCGAAAGCGUGGGCAGCUCAAGAAUGCGAGAUCCAACAGUUUUGAUAUAUCCAUCCUGCAUGAGACCGACAACCCACAUCAGUCCCCUAGUUGGUUUGUGAAGAGGCAUCAGCCCAUUGCUAAGACUGAAGAGUACAAGGAGAAGAAGCCAGCUCUUUUCACUAAUAUUAAGGAAGCAAAGAAGGUAGUGGAGAAAGAACCCGGAAAAGUUGUUUGGGAUGAGAGAAGCGGCUCCAUAGUUGACCCCCAAGCUCUCGGGAGUGCCAUUGAGGUCUUUCUGCGAAAAUCCUCCCCAGAAGCUGCCAGCAGCCAGACCUCCAACGUUGCCCCGAUGAAGAACGAGAAGAGCACCGCAGGUCGGUCUAAGAACUGGUUUUCUAAGGGGGAUGAAGAAUCCACUGAAACAUGCGAAUCUUCCAUCUGUUCAACGCUAAAAGACUUAUUCGUGAAGUAGAAGUUUUUUCCUAGCAUUCGGGUAGAUCCAUCAAAUCAAUGUUAACAAUAUUAAAUGUGUCUUAUCUCUUUAUGGAGUACAAUCAACAAAUUUUAUCUCUGAAGUCGACCUUUAGUGGUGACUCCAUAAGUAAGUCGUCAACAUUUCAAAGGGGAGUUGGGCCUGUUGAAGGACGGUGAUAUGCGCUUCAUUGCUAUUUCAAUUUCUGGGAAAAAUGAGGACCUUGCAGUCUUCCUUACUCUGGUAUACAAUGAGUUGAAUUGAAACUUUUGUGGAAUCUUCAGAAGAUUUUUUUUCGAAUUCCAACUUCCACAUAUUAUGUCCAUUCAGGAAAUAUCAAUAUUACACAGGCUGGAGUUAUUAUCUCAUCUCAUUAACCGGAUCUGGUUGUCAACUGAACAGUUUUUUUUUUCGUGAAAUUAUACUGAAAUAUUGCCACGAAGAAGCACAUAUCAUUGGUUCUUUCAAUGGAUCAUCACUCUAAACAGAAUUCUUUAUUACCAUAUCUAAAAAUAAUAAUAAUUGAAUAUAUUCUAGAAUAUUCGAAGGUAUUACAGUGACGAUAUGAACUCAGGGGAAUUGCUCUACAUUCAAAUAAAUGCUAUGGUGGGAGAAUGUAAGAGAACUGAUUCAAAAUUGAUUUCGGUCUGCUGUACAAUAUCAUUAUUCAUGAAUUAUACUAAGAGAUUUCCUUUGGAACCGGUGGUGUUUUGAAACUGAAGAGCAUUCUUUUAAACUUUACUGUUCCGUUUAGAACAUAACUAUGCUGUUACAACUGAAGUACAUAAAGUACAAUAAUUUCA